UUAACUCUUUAUGGGCGGCCACAUUAUGGCCAUUUAGCAUCACUCUUUAUUGUUACUGCGAGUACUUUAUUGCAGUCAAAUAGUCAUAUUAUUUAUUUAAUUAAAAUUUAUAAAAAUAUCCUUGUGAAGCAAAGAAGUGAAUGCUCGGAACCCAAAAUAUAAGUAUAAAAUUGACAACCAAAUUUUACCUGUGAUUACCUUCGGACUUGAGCUAGCAAAAUUUAUCGGUUCCCGAUUUAGGGUUCUUUCUCGUUUCUCUCUCAUCCUGAUUGAUCUCCCACUAUCUGUAGGUUUCCACUCUGAAUCAUUGCGUUGUGGGAUCGAGCUGGUGCUGUUUGUUUUAAACCUUUUGCUGUUGUCGAACUGAUCUACUUUUUGGAUUUUUUAAAAAUCUGCUUUUAGAUCAUCACAUAUAUAUAUGUAUGUGUGCUCUGUUGAUUAUUGAUUUGUUGUUGUAAGUGUUGGAUAGCAGAGGGAAACGAGAUUGGUUCGUGUAUAAAUUAUUGAUAUAUAUAUGGUCGCUGGUUGGUGGGAUUUUUGCAUUUGUGCUUUUUUGUGGUUGAGAUUCGGUAAAUUUGGUCGCCUAAAAGAAUGGAGGUUGAUUUCUACAGCAAUCCAGAUUAAUUUCAUUUGAUGUGAUGUGUUGUAGCUAUGAGCGAAGGAGAAUAGGUUUAAAGGUAUUAAUUUAGUGUUUUUUCGUAACAACCAGCUGGAUUGAGUUGGUUUUGAUAAAUUUUAGGGGAAAUGAUGGAUAAAGGCAUUGAGCAUUUGAUAUCUGCUAGGAAGUUGUUGAAGGAGAGUUUAGAGAAAUCGAGAGCUUUAGGUUCGUCGUUGGAGAAGGUAGGGCCUAGAUUAGACGAGAUCAACCAAAGAUUACCAUCUAUGGAAGUAGCAAUUCGACCUAUUCGUGCUGAGAGUGAGGCUCUGAGCUCUGUUGGAGGUCAUAUAAAUAGAGCUGUAGUCCCUGCUGCAGCAGUUCUCAAGGUUUUUGAUGCCAUCCACGGCCUUGAGAAGUCGUUGUCCGAACCUCAGUCUAACUUGCCCGGGUACCUUAGCGUGCUCAAACGCCUUGAGGAGGCGUUGAGGUUUUUAGGGGAGAAUUGUGGCAUGGCUAUCCAAUGGCUGGGUGAUAUUGUGCAGUAUUUGGAGGAUCAUAAGGUGGCGGACGCACGGUUCAUCUCAGAAUUAAAGAAGGCUUUGAAGAAUAUCCGGGAAUUGGAGACUGCUGAGGAGAAGGGCCAUCUUGAUGGUGGGUUGCUUGAUGUUGCUUUGGAUAGACUGGAAAGUGAGCUCCAGCGGCUGCUAACUGAGUAUAGUAUCCCGUUGCCUAUGUCCUCGCCAGCCUUGCCUGGCGAACAGGCCAGCAUUGCCCCUUCACCUUUGCCCGUGGCCGUGAUUCAGAAGUUGCAUGCUAUAUUAGGGAGGUUAGCUGUGAAUGACAGGCUUGAGAAGUGUAUAUCCAUCUACGUGGAGGUCAGGAGCUCGAACGUUAGAGCAAGUUUACGAGCUCUCAAUCUGGAUUAUCUUGAAAUAUCGGUGUCUGAGUUCAAUAAUGUCGCCAGCAUAGAGGGUUAUAUUGCUCAAUGGGGCAAGCAUUUGGAGUUUGCCAUGAAGCACCUCUUUGAGGCCGAAUACAAGCUCUGCCACGAUGUGUUUGAUCGGAUGGGACCAGACGUGUCCAAGAGCUGCUUCCCUAAGAUAGCCGCUCAGGCGGGGAUUCUCGCUUUCUUGCAGUUUGGCAGAACAGUGACUGAGAGUAAGAAGGAUCCCAUCAAGCUGUUGAAGCUUUUAGAUAUUUUUGCAUCACUAAAUAAACUUAGGUUGGAUUUCAACCGGCUUUUCGGUGGAGCUGCCUGUGCUGAGAUACAGAACAUGACUAGGGAUCUGAUCAAGAGAGUGAUUGAAGGCUCAUGUGAGAUUUUCUGGGAGCUUUUAGUCCAGGUCGAGCUGCAACGACAAACCCCGCCUCCUGCAGAUUGCAGCAUCCCAAGAGUAGUCACCUUCAUCACUGAUUAUUGUAACAAACUCCUUGGCGAUGAGUAUAAGCCAAUCCUCACUCAAGUUUUAGUCAUCCAGAGAAGCUGGAAGCACGAAAGUUUCCAAGAGCAGACCCUCAUCACCGAGCUUCUGAAUCUAGUCAAAGCCAUCGAGCUCAACUUGGAGGCAUGGUCAAAGGGCUAUGAAGACGAAGUCCCUUCAUAUGUGUUCUUGAUGAACAACCAUUCACAUCUGUACAAGUAUCUAAAAGGGACGAAGCUAGGAGGCAUUGUGGGAGAGCCUUGGUUGAGCGAACACGACCAGUACAAGGAGUAUUACUCCGCUAUAUUUCUCAGAGAGAGCUGGGGCAAGCUUCCCACACAUUUAAGCAGGGAGGGUCUGAUCUUGUUCUCCGGGGGGCAUGCCACAGCUCGUAACCUGGUGAAAGAGCGUCUGAAGGCAUUCAACGAAGCCUUUGAUGACAUGUAUGCAAAGCAGUCGAAAUGGGUUAUUCCUGACAAGGAUCUCCGCGAGAGAACAUGUCAGGCCAUAGUUCAAGCCAUUGUGCCUGUUUAUCGCAGCUAUAUGCAGAACUACGGACCAUUGGUUGAGCAAGACCCUAGUACGAGUAAAUACGCCAAGUACACGGCUCAGUCUCUGGAGAAGAUGCUUCUCUCCCUUUUCCUUCCCAAGCUGCCCAAGCAAGUGAGUUUUCAGGUGAAGCAGGCAAGUGGGAAGUUCAGCAACGGGGCCGCGGAUCAGUAUCAGACUCCUCCAACGAUUAAAUGAUCAAACGCACGGUGCAGAUAGAGAAUUUGACUUUCUAGACGCGCUAUCAAAGGUCCUCUCUUGAUGCUCAUUUUCUUCUCCUGUGUAUUCACUCUACACAAAUACUGCCUGUACAAUUACUUGAGGUAGUGUGCAGGUUUGUGGUUUAAUUUAUUGACCACCAGCGCGCCUCCCCUGCAGUGGCCUGCGCGGCAGUGGAAUACUGUCCAUAGCUAUUCUUUGAUCUUUUCAAAAUGGCUUGGAAGUUGGCGUGAUAUAAAGUGGGGCAGGUCAGCUGGGCUUAGGGAUUUAAAGAUAGUAAAGGGACUUUGAUGUUAACUGUGAAUACGCCAAGAAUUGGGCUGGUUUGUUUUUAUUUUAUUUUUCUCCCUAUUUUAUUUUAUUUUACUUUUCCAUAUUAAUUAAAAGUUUCCCAUUUUCAAAUUUGAUGUGCUAAUUUUGCAGAUUAACAGAAAGGUUCUUUGAAGCUAUAUUAUUUGAAAUUCUGAUUUGCUCCUUGUUUUACCACAUGAUUUAUUUCAACCUCAGGAAGAUGAUAUAUUGCUAUCCUGUAAUUUAUUUGGUUAUGAUCACAUGUUAGAUGUUGAUGUAGAAAUAACUGAUGGGGUUAAACUAUCAAAUUAUAUCUAUCUAUCUAUGAAAUGAAUUAUAUUUACAGAUGGUAACAUUUUAGCUGGAGUUUAUAGCUAUCUUGUCAUUCUAUCGAUGAGACUAAUCAGGAAUUGACAGGAGCUAAUAGUCUUGAUGAUGAACUAGUUAUCUACCAUGAAUAUGAACUAAAAGACCGAAUUAUAUCGAGUAAGGAUCACCUUGUACAGUAUUAGUGGUGUUUGAUACUAAUAACUUGUAAAAGAUAAAGAUCAAAUGAAAAAAAGCAACGGUCAGCAUACACAUUAUGUUCCACUUGCAUCAGUAUAUGUCAAUCAUCCUUGAGUGGUUUGUCAUUUCUCCUGCAACGAGAUGACAGUUUCAAACGCUCCAGCAAGCGCCCUCACUUUGUUUGUCUUAUUCUCACGAAGCUUGUUUGCUGUCUCCUCGAUUACAUCGUUGGAAACUGGUACCGUUGGAUCUUCUCUUACUAAAUCAUCGAUGCCAUCAGCUUCAUUGAGGAUUGACACUUUGUUCCUUUGUUACUGGAGCACUACACCCACUCUCCUUCUUCGAGCCGAUGCUGCUUCUUCUCCCACUGCCCACAGACGAACUGGUGGAGAGGCGACGCUUUCCUUCUUCCUUCUCCACCGGUUUCCAUUUCUUAGCAGUAGCACCCACCACCUUAGGGGAAACCACUGCCUUGACUAGCAGCGAGGAGGCACGACGGGCAGCACCAGUAGCAGCAGCGGCAGCUGCAGCAACAGCAGUUGGGAUGCGCGUCUUAUGUGUAGGAGUCGCUGUCUUGCUGUCCAAGGACCGUGUUCUGGUCUGUGCAGGCUUGCUUGGAGUAGCUGGGGAGGGUGGUUUCCUCGUCUGAGCCUUGGAAACACUGGUAGUAGCCUUGGAAACACCUGUAACAGCCUUGGAAACACUGGUAGCAGACUUGGUAACACCUGUAACAGCCUUGGAAACACUGGUAGUAGACUUGGUAACACCUGUAACAGCCUUGGAAACACCGGUAGAAGCUGGGGCUCUCGACGCUGCCGGCCUAGUCUGUUUUUGUGGUGCAGUUGAAACUUUUGGUUUGGGGGAGAUUUGAUUUACAACUUCUCUAAGCCUUGCUGCUCCUGUUUUUGGAGAAGGUGUUGCCUUCUCCUUGCCAGGGAGAGCAUCUCUUCUUCUUGUUGCCAUACAAUGAUUGUUGAUGCCUGCGUUUGGAAAUAUUCGCAUCGGUUUUUGGAUUAGUAGACUGAAAUACGAGACGUAACAUGAACAAUGAUUUGAUUUAUGAUAAAGAAAGAGAAUUCUUGGUUCA